AUGGAACGGAUAGUCGAAGAAAAUGAUGAUAUUAUGAUAAUAACAUCAGACAAUUCUGGUCAAGAGAAUACUCAAUCGAUAGUUGAAGAUAUUCUAUCUGGAGUCAAGCAAAAAGUGGAUAGCAGUCGAUUGUACAUUGAAUUGGAUAGAGAAACGGCUAUACAUUUAGCUCUAGGUUUAGCUAAAAGUAGAAACGAUAUAAUAUUAACUACUGGCAAAGGACAUGAAACAACUCAAAUAUUAGCUGAUCAUUCUAUACAAUUCAGUGACCAAGAAGUCAUAAAGAAUGCAUAUGAACAAAUGGUGCACGAUAAUACAAUAUUAUUAUAA